CGUCCAACGUUUGACGCGUCAGAGUGUCUCUCAUCAUCCUCUCCAAAGUACUCCAAUGUUUACGUGAUUUUGUUAUCCCUAAAUCCCGAAAAAUUGAGUGAAAUCUGUCAUUGAAUGUACAGUCCAGUGAAAAUCAAUCGAAAUGGCGGAGAAAACCAAGUCGAUAAGUCACGUGAAACACGUUCCCAAGGAUGCACAGGUUAUAAUGUCAAUUAUGAAGGAUAUGGGGAUCACAGACUACGAGCCAAAAGUCAUCAAUCAACUCCUUGAAUUCACCUAUCGCUACAUCACUUGCAUCCUCGACGACAGUAAAAUCUACGCUAACCACGCGAAGAAAAAAUUCAUUGACCUCGAGGAUGUGAGAUUAGCUGUGAAAAUGCAGCUGGAUCGCACAUUCACGAAUCCACCCCCUCGCGAUGUUCUCCUGGACGUUGCCAAAUCGAAGAACAAUAUUCCUCUGCCAUUUGUCAAGCCCAACAAUGGGCUCAGACUCCCACCAGACCGCUACUGCCUCAACUCGGCGAAUUACAGGCUGAAGAAUAUCACUAAAAAGCAAACGGGAAAGAUGCACACUCUGGUUGGGAACAGUUUGGGGGGCUCGUCUAGGCUCAAAGUCGAUGCAAACAAGCCAAUGUCCAUUGUCAAGAGGCCUGGAACAACGCUGUCCACUAUUGCCAGGACUCAGACAAUUUCAAUACCAAAACCAGUCUUCAAAUUUACAACAGGUUCAGCGUCUUCAGGAAGCACUUCAACAGCCCCGAAGCCCAAAAUCCCGAUGGGAACAACUCAGGGAACACCAGUCGUAAAAAUGGAGGUGGAGGAGAGUGCUAAGAGGAAGCGUGAGGAUGACGACUACGAUGUACCUUAAUUCCAUAUUUCCAUAAUCCUUCCACGAUAUAUUUCGUAUGUUUUCAUUAUACUUUUUAUCUCCUUUAUUAUUUUUAUCAAUUCUGUAUGAAGUAUUGACUGAGGACAAAUAAAAUAUUCAUUAUGUCAAUUUAUAA